AUGAUCAUAAAGCUAUUACUAAUGAUGUAUGCUGUAUAUGCAAGAAUUGAGCUAGUGGAUAUAAAGAAAAUAGGAGAGACUGUGGUUAUUCAAGAAGAUAGAUUAUUAAUACACCCAGACGGACCGCUUAGUCCACUUAGAGGAUAUAUUAUGCACAGGAGUGGGUACAUGUUCAACAAAAGAUUUUAUUCAUCCGAAAUAGACACAGACUAUAGCUUAACAAAAACAGAUAAAGUUAUACAUGACAGUGUUCCAGUUUAUGAUUAUACAAGACAGCCAAUUAAUGAUCAGGUAUAUGAUGAUAUUGAAGAGAACAAAGAAUAUUUGACUGAGUUCCACACACUGCUAAUUGGAAUGUUUCCCUCUCCAGAUGGAUCGCUUUCUAUUGUAUCAGAAAGAAACGAUGCAAUGUAUCGAUUCUUAAUAAAAGAUGAAGUACAAGCACAGAGCAUGCACAUUCUAGCAGCUCUUUUUCUCUUGUCUGAGAAUGUCAAUAUUCCUAUUAAUACAUGCAUACAAGAAGAAAAAAUACUUUUUCUGGAAAGCCCAGAUGGAAUAACUACAUAUAUUAAUCUGAAGGGGCCAAAUCAUUAUUUAGUAAAUCUUAUUGAGUUUCUAAAGAAAUAUAUAGAUGAUGAUAAUGCCAAUCCAAAUAGUAUAGAGAGCACGCCCAAUGAACCAACUGCAUAUGAGCAGUUCAAAACCGGAGAAUUUUUGAACACAAAGCAGUUUCUUGUUCAAUCGUAUAUAUACGAGUUUAUUGACACACCAGAAAAGUAUAUUAAGUUUGUAAAAGCAGUGUACACUCUCUUGAAUGAUCAAAUAAAGAAUGAAAAUUUUACACCAGAGGAUAUAGCAAAGAGUAAUAAACUGCUUGAAGAGUGCUUUAUAGAAGAAAAUGCAAUUUCAGGCUUGAUUAAUCAUGCAGCCCAUAUUUUUAAUCUUAAAGAUAUAAAAGACAAAUACAGAAAAUUUCCAUUUAUUGAUACAUUAGAGCUACCAAUAUAUACUCGAGUAAAGGCAUAUGAUAGAACAAAUGACAAAGAAUUAAACGAUGAAGAUAAAAAAUACUCCAACUAUGUAGAAGUAAGUCUACUAUGCUUGGCAUGCUGUUUAAUGUAUGACCCGAAUACAAGAAAGUACACUACAGAGCAUCUGCCAGACAAUGAAGAAACUAAGCCAUUGAAAAAAUUCUUUGAAAAAUAUCCAGUGCCAACAGAGAGUACUAGUUAUGAAAUGCAACAAGAUUGGUACAGAGUAGUAGCAGACUUGAAGAAUGACAAGAUUUUUUAUAUAAAGGAAGGGAAUAAUGAAUUGGAAACCGGUUUGUUAAACAUGCUAUAUGUUAUAUCAGAUAUAACUGGAAACCAGAAAAGAGUACUUGAAGAAAUUGAGUCUAUAAAAAAAAGGCGCGAUGAUAGUAAUCAUUCAUGUCUAGAUUUUAAUAUAGAAAAAAAUCUAAUCACGAUAUUUACAGCGCUAUCGACGAAUAAAGACCUUGAAGUAGACUGUGGUGAUUUUACAAUAGAAGAUAAUAGACACAGUAUGUCAGACUUAUUUGGCAGCUUUGGUCUACUUUAUAACUUUAAGAAGCUACAGACAGGAAUGUCAGUAGAUAUAAGCAAAGACCACGUUAAAUUAUUUAUAGAGGAAGAUUUAUUCUCUGAUGAAGAAAAAUCAGUUAUUAUAAGAGAAUUUACUAAAGCGCAGAAUAUGUAUAACAAUCCAAAUAAGUAUACAGAAUGUAUGAUUAAACAUUACAUUUAUGUAGAGCUAGCCAAAUUGCAGUGUGAGUAUGCAUAUGUAGAGGAGCCUAUUGAAAGUAUACUUUUAAAUAGUAUUAUUAAAGGCGGAUAUAUAAGUACGCUUAAUAUAUUCCUAUACGGAAGAAUUGAAAUAGAAUAUUAUAAAGUGAGUAUUAUUACAAACUUCUUGAUGCUCUAUGCAAAUCCUAUUAUUAAAUAUGACAGUUCACUAAUACGAAUGACAAAUAAUAUUAUCGGAAGCAUCCCACUUGAUAAUCUGUGUACAAGAGAUUGGAUCUUACGAGGAUAUAUUUACAACUCAAAAGCUAAAGAUUACUAUAAAAAAAUUGAUGAAAGUGCAUGGGAUGGACUUUGUAUAACAAAUAUUAUACUUAAAUCAUUAUAUCUAGAUUUGUUUUUAUGUACAGUUACUGUAGAAGACGGGCUUACGCAUAGUUUUGCUGGAAUAAUAAAAAAACUAAAUAAGAAUAGCUACCAUUAUUAUAAAACUAUAGAAGACAAGUGUAUUAUUGAAUAUAUAUUAGAUUAUUUAGACAAUACAUCCAAACCCAAAUUUGAUACAUUCUGUACGAUAAUAAAUAUAGUAAACCAAACACUUACAAACUUCAAUAAGCAACAAUUAACAAAUAUACAUUUGUCAUGGUUUUUUGACAUGUUUUCUAUGAUGACCGAAGAAGACACACCAGAAAUUCAACAAUAUUUACUAUAUUUAUUUAGUAUUAUAAAUGAUGAUUAUAUUACGACAGCAAAAAAAAAAGAUAUUCGGUGGAGUAUUCAAAGUUCUCCUAAUGAUAUAUUGGAUUUCUUACAAAAAAAUAGCAAUAUGAUUUGUGGUACUAAUUUAGAAAUCAGCAAUAAAAUCAAUAAAAUUGAACAGCUGCUUAAGAAUAGUACAUUCCAGAAUCAGCCCCGGUAA